CCUCUCUCUAGUCUAAUACUAGUUCGGGAUUCCGACAUCCCGCAUGUGGAUUCUAUUCCUACACUAAUCCGACCUGGCUAUUUUCUCGUAUCUGACAUCACCGGUCCGUUCCCCAGCUGACCGUAUCACCAACCAAUGACCUUGCUCUCGGAACUCCGCCAGAAGAUGAUAUGCUUGCGAGAGCAAUGUCAUAUAAUUGCUAGAGCGGCCGUUGUUUCCUUUCGCCAACCCAAUCGAUUGGUUUCUGCAACAUGCCAGCUGCGGUACCCCCUUCCGGAAUUUACGUGCCUGCUGUCUUGUUCUUCAAAGAGAACGAGGACUUUGAUGUCCCUGCUAUAAAGUCUCAUGUUUUGCGGCUCGCUCAGGGAGGUGUUACAGGUAUCGUCGUGCAGGGAAGCAAUGGAGAGGCUCAACAUUUGUCACACGACGAGCGCAAAGAGGCGAUCAGCCUUACUCGAAAGACGUUGGAUGAAAACGGCUUCCAGAACGUCGUUAUCAUUGCAGGCUGCGGCGCCCAAUCUGCACGAGAGACAAAGAAGCUCUGCGCAGAUGCAAAAAAUGCUGGUGCUGCCUUUGUACUCGUGUUGACACCUUCUGUCUGGCCUGGAGAGAUGACGAAAGAGAACAUAAUCCGUUACCACCUUGAAGUUGCAGAUUAUUCACCUUUGCCAUACAUGGUGUAUAACUUCCCAACUGUCACUGCUGGCAUCAACCUGGAUUCCGAUAUCAUCCUCGCACUCUCAGAACACCCCAACAUUGUGGGCACUAAGUUGUCUUGCGGAAAUGUUGGAAAGCUCCACCGAAUCACUUCUGUCAAGCCGCCUUCUGAAUUUUGCACUCUUGCUGGUGUAUCAGAGGUCCUCUUACAAGGACUCCUCUCCGGAAGUGCUGGGGCAAUUGCCGCGCUGCCGAACCUCGUGCCCAAGCUACACAUGAAGAUGUACGCACUUUACCAGGCAGGAAAGAUCGAGGAGGCUAUGAAAAUUCAAGCUCAGCUAGGUCAGGGAGAUUGGGCAACAAGCAAGGCUGGAGGAGUCGGUGCUAUGAAGGCCUUGAUAUCGAAGCAUUUCGGAUAUGGUGAAACUCACGUUCGACGGCCGCUCAUGGCUGUUGGACAACUCAGCGGUACGUAUGUCGAUAAACUGGAAGAACUGAUUGCCAGUGAGAAGAUGCUGUAGGGUAUGACAUGCUUUUGUAUUACGAUUGUCGCAUGCACGAUAAUACAGUCCAAAUCUCCAACUUAUCAACAUGAAAACAUACAGUCAUCCAUAAAUUUCAAUAAUGUCAUUGAUCCCUCAAGAGUCGAUACCAGGCGCUCCUGGGCACCAACCUUUGUCUUUCUUCAACGCUAGCCUCCUUCGCCAUGCAAUCAAUUACCUGGUCAUUGCGCGGUAACAUUGUAUAUAAUGCUGCACCCUCACCAUUGCAGGAUCCGAAUAUCAAUCCGAUGAGGCUAUAGCUCAACUAUAGCUAACAAGUAACUCCGAAUCUCUGUCCUAGGACUCAAUGUCAUCAAACGCAAGCGGGCUGUGUGAACGUGUAAGCGUCGGCGGUUGCGUCACUACCGCAGUGCCCGUCAUGAUCGGCUUCGCUAUUUUAUAACGACCAACUUCUCUAUAAUUCGAACUAACUAAUAUCCUCCUGCCAGUGU